UGCACAGCUGGGAAACAGCUCUGACCUGCAGGCUGCCUCACCUGGACAUCUCCGCGAGCCAGGUGGAAACAGAGCUGUAAGCAACAGAGACGGAAAAGCCUCCUACCAAUCGAUGCAUCCAUGAAGGAUAAUGGCAACCCUUCAGAUGAAACGUGAACAUCUGUCUGUCCAUCUGUCCAGUUUGGCGGAUUACCUUUGGAGAUCUCAUAGCCUCCAGAGAACGUAGAUACUGUAUGCUCCAGAUAUGAGUGCUGACUGCAGUACCUUGGCCGUCGGCUAUCUGGUCCCUACAGACAGGCUGGUGGUCAGGAGCUGGACUGGUCACGACAAAACAAAAAAAAAACGGAGAGGGAAGAAAGCAAGAGAAGGAGAGACAGAAGGAGUGGGAGUUCGGGCGAGAGAGGAGAAUCAGAACAGCGCCCAUUCCUACUGGAGGAGGAAACUCAGUGGAGCUGUAGCCCAGAAUGUGAUCUUCUGUCACAGCCUGAGGGAUAGAGCUCUCCUGUGCUGCAGGCUGGCCAGUGGGACCAUGGUCAGACAGGGCAAGCAGAGAGGCACAGAGUGCACAGGAGGCAGAGGAAGAGGCAGAGCGAGACAGGAGUGCCAAGAAGAGAGAAAACAGAGGAGGGUGAAAGAAGUGAGCAAGCCUACGCAGCUCCCUACUCGAACUUCACUGACAAAAUCGACCCACCGCAUUUCUACAGAUACUGAAACCUCAACCACAGGACACAAGCAUAAACUACAGGUAGGGAGCGAUUACAACUGGAGGUGUUACACUGCCAAGCGUCUGGUAACAUCACAGUCCUAUGAGGAGCGGCUGUGCAGGUCUUUUCACACUGCUGCGUGGGAGGCCAGCGAACAGCAGACUGACAGGAGAUAACCGUCACAACUAAAGCAACAGGAGGUCUCCCACCCCCAUACUGACCAGGCCCAGCCCGCAGAGCUCCUGAGAGCCAAGCAGGGCCGAGUAGAGGUGAUCUGCUCAGAC